AAUUAUGUUACUCCCGCGGUAUUUUUGCUCGAACCUCCAACGCUGCACGAUGGCCUUCUACGCUGUAGCCAGAGGGCGGAGAACUGGAGUCUACGACUCGUGGGCAGAGUGCGAGGAGCAGGUCAAGGGUUUUAAUAACGCCAAAUACAAGAAGUUUAAAACGCGGCAGGAAGCGGAUCAGUUCGUUAAUGGCUGUAAAUCGUAUGCACCGCAGGAUGUGGCCGUGCCGCUGGGCAAGAGACAGGCAGCACUGGCCAGUUGGAAGAACAGCACCGAAGUGAUUGGGAACCCCAAGUACACAGAGGAGUGGCCCGAAGAGGAUCACGACUUAGCAGAGAAUGAUCUGAAUGCUGCCAUGAACGAGGUGGAGGGAGAUCCUAGGCCAUCUAAUAGUAUUAAUUUAGCAGACAUUUUAAAUCGCAAGCGAAAGGGCACGGAUAGCAGCGAUAAGCGGAACAAGAUCCCACGACAUGUCUCCCAGGUCUCAGAAGCCAAAGGACUCAAACAAGUGGGUGCCUUCCAGUUUGAAAUCGAUGCCGAAGGCUAUGUGAUUGUGUAUACAGAUGGCUCCUGCAUAGGCAAUGGACAACCCGGCGCCUGUGCCGGCUAUGGAGUUUACUUUGGCAAAAAUCAUCCGCUAAACGCAGGCAAGCCCGUGGAUGGACGCGUUACAAAUAAUGUUGGUGAAAUACAAGCGGCCAUUCAUGCCAUAAAAACAGCCAUUGAUUUGGGAAUACAGAAGCUGUGCGUCUGCACAGACUCCCAGUUCUUGAUCAACUCAAUAACCCUGUGGGUUGAGGGUUGGAAAAAAAGGGGCUGGAAGCUAAAGAACAAUCAGCCUGUGAAAAACGUUGUUGACUUUAAGGAACUAGAUAAACUGCUUCAGAACAACAACAUUACCGUGAAAUGGAACUACGUGGAUGCCCAUAAGGGCAUAGAGGGCAAUGAAAUGGCAGACAAAUUGGCGCGCCAAGGAUCCGCCUUGUAUAAGGAUAGAAAUGGGUGAUAAGCCCAUUUUUAAAUUAACCGCCUUUGUAGUAUGUAAUUGAUUUGGCAACGCUGAAUAAAUUGAAGUUACAUGGUAGCCCUGGCCCAAA